GUGAAACUCCCAUACAAGCAGACGCCCACCACUAGGGUUUUAGCCUCAUCUCUCGUGUGCUCUCCUCUUCCCAUACUCGCUCUGCUAUGGAAGAUGCGCCGCCGCCGCCGUCGCCGUCGCCGGCGGCCCCGCCUCCAGCGGCCGCGCAGCCCCCCUGCUGGAGCAACAUAGUGAAGGCCCAGCCUCAGGCGAAGGUUGAACCGCAGAGCAGCGCGGCCGCGACGGCGCAAAAGAUCUUCGUCGGCAGCUGCAACUCCUCGAGGGGCGUGUCCGUGGCGGUCGUGGACGCGAACGCCAUCAUCGAGGGCGGCGAGAAGCUUCGAGCCCUCGCCGACAGGUUCGUCUCCGUCCCCGAGGUCAUGGGCGAGGUCCGCGACCCCGUCUCGCGCCGCCGCCUCGAGUUCGUGCCGUUCUCUGUCGAGACCAUGGAGCCGAGCCCCGAAGCUCUGAAUAAAGUUAUAAAGUUCGCACGAGCAACUGGUGACUUGCAAACUCUUUCCGAUGUGGAUCUGAAACUCAUUGCGCUGACAUACAUGCUUGAGGCUCAAAUUCAUGGCAUUAACCAUCUGAGAGAUUGUCCACUGCCUGUACAUACAGUUAAUAUUAAGAGGCUUCCUGAGAAUGACAUGCCUGGAUGGGGAAAAAAUGUUUCUAAUCUGGAAGAGUGGGAAGCAUUAGAACAUGAAGCUGAGGAGAAAGCAAAUACUUCUUCGAGAAUUCUACCACUGAAAGACUUAAACCUGAACAUUAUUCCUGAAGACAGCCUUUCUAAAGAUGAUUCCGCUGGUGAUAAUCCCUCUGUGGAUCAUGAGAAUGCGGAGGGAAGUUCGACGAAACAUAGAAGAUUUCCCUCCAAGAAAAAAGAAAUUACAAUUGAAGGCAAGAAAAUGGUAGCAGAUGGAAUUGACGCUUCUCAGGGACAAGUUGACGAUGAUGCUGGUGAUUGGCUGCCUGCCGUCAGUAGAAGUACUCAUAGAAGAUAUCUUAGAAGAAAAGCUAGACGUGAACAUUUUGAGACGUUAUCCGAGAAAGAGAGUCAACAAGAUGCCGAGAAGGAUAUUGAUGACCACUGUAUUGACGAUAUCAAAGGCUCGGGAGGGCUAUCACACCAUUGUCCUGAAGAAGUGCUAUCUGCCAACGGAACUUCUGAGGAGAGUGAGAUCGUCAAAGGGGUGGAGGGCAGUGAGGAUCUUUCUUCUAUCUUGAAACAAAUGAGAUUGGAGGAAGAUUCAGCAUCAGCUCUUCGAGAAGAGAUAGAGCAUGACCUUUCUUCUUCAGUAAUGGAAUCUGACAAGGCGAUGUUAUCAGAAUUAACAUCUGCUGAUGCAGCUGAAGCUGAAGCUGUUGGCCGAGAUGAUGUUGAUAAUGCCAGUGAAGAAACAGAUCAAUUGGAGAACUCAAGCCAGACUAAUGAAAGCAAUGAUGCAUCUUAUUUAGAUGAUCAGAGUAGUGAACAGAGUUGGGUGCUGAGAUCUUUGUCGGAGUCCAGCGUAGCUUGCAUUACUGGUGAUUUUGCAAUGCAAAAUGUUAUUCUUCAGAUGGGCCUACGCCUGCUUGCUUCUGGGGGAAUGCAAAUACGCCAACUGCACAGGUGGAUACUGAAAUGCCAUGCUUGCUAUACUGUGACUGCUGAAAUUGGGAGAGUUUUCUGUCCAAAGUGUGGAAAUGGUGGAACCUUGCGUAAAGUUGCUGUCACGGUCAAUGAAAAUGGAGUUGUGUUGGCAGCCCGUCGACCACGUAUCACUUUACGUGGCACCAGAUUUUCGCUGCCAUUACCCCAAGGCGGAAGAGAUGCCAUUUCGAAGAACCUCAUUCUACGUGAAGAUCAGUUGCCACAGAAGUACCUCUAUCCUAAAACAAAGAAGAAGGCAAAUAAGGAGGGAGAUGACUUCUUCACUUCAGAUGAUGUGUUCUCCUACCAUAGUGAUAAGAGGAGUUCUUUUCAGCCUCCCGUAAGGAAGGCCUUGGCGGUUUUCAGCGGAAAGAGAAAUCCGAAUGACAACCACUUUUCCCGCUCUAGACGUAGAUAGAUCUUUUGGCAAUCUCUCUCUCCCUCUCUCUCCCUCGCCUGCUCGCGCGCCGGGGUGAAGGGGAAGGGGGUGGAAUUUUUGUUGCCUAAGUGUUUAAGCAUGCACCCCCAGGGUGAAGGGGAAGGGUGGAAUUUUUGUCGCUCAAGCGUUCUAGGUUUUGCUUCAAUAGAGAUACAAAUGCACCUGUUUUUAUUAAUUAUGAUGUGAAACAUAUCGGCAUUACGUUGAUUGAGUAUAAUUGUGUUUCGAUA